AUGAGCCACCUCUUACUUCUUCGUCUUCUGUUUCUUACCGGCACCAUUUGCCAGGCGAGGCUUAUCAAUUCAGAAGUUGUUAAGGAUGUAUCAGUCUAUCUCUGCUCCCAUAUCUCAACGUAUUCUCAUGCCAAUAUGAAUUUCUUUUCCUAUCCGGUACAGUUUUGCGUCACACUUCGAUCAGACAAGGGAAUACGAGAAGAAAUCAAGGAUCUCCAAUCAACAACCUCUCUACAAAGCCGAGUUUCGAUAUCCUGGCGACAGUUGGCAACUGCCAAUUCGUGCAGAUUAACAUUUAAAGGAUACCAAACAGAGUAUCGAAUAUCUCCAGAUCUUGGUGGUUAUGAGACUUGUCAGACAUCUAUUUCGAGACAUUUAUUCAAACUAUCUCAAGGAAUGAAUUUGGGAAUCGAGCAUCAGAAAAGAAUCGAGUUCAAUUCCACAAAUCAGGAUUGUCCUAUUCUUAAUGUACCAACUGUGUAUCCAGAAUACGUGUCUUGCAAAUUUACUUCCAAUGAGUGGUAUCAAAUAGAAUGGAAGUCUACAAUCCGAUAUGAGACAUUCAGGAACGGGGAAUAUGGAACUUAUUGGGCAAACGACACUCAAAACUUUAUUGUUAAAAUGAGUGAAGAAAUGAGAAGAAAUGGAUCAGAACAUGUUUGGCUGAAAAGGCUUUUAAAAUUGGAAUCAAGGUUGGAAGGAUGUGAUGCCACAAAACUAUUAAUCCGAUUUGCUGAUGAUUGGACAUAUUCAGCAAACAGUGUAAGCUUGAGCUACAGAAUAUUUGAAGGAUCCACAAAAAUCCACUCGGAUCAUAUUGGGACGUUUAACGUUGAAGGAUGGAAGGAACUGAAUAUUCCAUUGAAACGGAUUCCCGGUGAUCAUGAGAUUUGUGCUCAGGUACUACAUAGAUUUAUCCAUGUUCUCGGAUUGAAAUUUUCAGCUUCUGAAUCCAGCAGUCUCCCGCCACUACGUUUGUUCCAGAAUCGUCGAUGCACUUGA